AUGUGGAAGUGGAACCAUAGAAAACCCAGUCUCACGAGGUAUGGGCCACAGACGAAGCUGAAACAAGCUUCUCCUGGCUGUGUUGUCCUUGCUUGCUGGCUAGCCCCAGAAUACCUCUCCUCCGUAGGCGCGUGGGAUGAGGCAAGGCACCGAGGCGGACAGAGGCGCUGGAGCAGAAUCACCGGGCGUGAACGGGGCAGAGUAGCUGGGGGUGUAGGCUGGGCAGAGUCACUAGCAGGAUGGUGGGCAGGGCAGAGCGACGAGAUAAGCAGGGGUGGAGAAAUGGACAACAACCGGAUGUAG